AUGUCAUUUUCUUCCCUUCCGGCAACUCUGACCCCGGCUCUCGGUGGUCGCGAGGCGGUUGCAGACGCCCUCUACCGUUUUGCGGUUGGUCUCGACACCAAUGAUAAGGCGCUCUUUGAAUCUGCCUUCGUUACCGACGCUGUUUUUGUUCUCGAUGGUACCGUCAUGGAUGGAUUAGAUGCUAUCAAUACUAAUUGUUUCGGUAGCAUCUCAAAGUUGGACACUACCCACUUCUUGACAAAUCAACGAAUCAAUAUCUCCGACGAAAACUCAAAAGCCGAACUUACCUGUUCUGCUCUCGCUCAACACUAUCGUGGCGGCGAAAGCAAAAAGGUGGACGCUACUUCGCUACUUGUUGGUUCUUCAUACCGCGCGCAUCUUGUCAAAACCACAGAAGAUGGUUUGUGGAAAAUGAAGCGUUUGGAACUCAAGAUAGUCUGGAGCCAAGGCGAUUGGGGAGUUUUCAGUAACUGA